CCUGCAAUGCCAACUUGAUUCUCCAAGUUCCCUUCUGGGGCGUUAAAGCUUCGAGGUCCUUUCUACUGAGACCUCAGAUAAAUGUUUAAGUAGUCAUCUUUCUCAUGUGCUUCCACUGUAAGUAACUUCUCCGCUGACGAGAAAAACCACCCAUUCUCUGCUGACGUCACGGGCUAGAAGAAACUGACCCGUUUUUCGGACUUCUAGGAGCCCCGAAGGCCGAGAAAGAACAAAUGGGAGGUGCGGGUGCUUCAGUCCUGGGGUUGAACCUUGCGCCCCGAGCCGGAACGGGCCCGCCAGUUGCCCUCCGCAAGUAACCCUGGGGCUGACCCGCGAAGCCCGGAGGCAAGCGAACUGGUGUGCUCGUGGGGUGCGUGGGGUGGGGGGCGGCCAAACUUCCUGUCCCGCGCUCGAGCUGCUUCCGGCGGGAGCCGGAAGACGCUGUGUGUGGACGGAAUUCGGGACCGACUGACGGACCGCCCGCUGCCCGGAACGGGAAGGUUACAUUGAUUACUUACCCAGUACAGCAUCUUACAGGAAGAACGUAGUAUUUCCUAAAGGAGUAUGAGCAUAACAGGAAGGUAUCAUUGACUCUGAAUUAAAUUUAAACCUGUCCCCUGAACAGCUACAGGAUUUGGAAACUGAAUCAAUGUUAUCAGAUGAGUUAGAAUCCAAACCAGAGCUCCUGGUACAGUUUGUUCAGAAUACAUCCAUCCCGUUGGGACAGGGGCUAGUAGAAUCAGAAGCAAAAGACAUUACUUGUUUGUCCCUCCUCCCUGUGACUGAAGCCUCGGAAUGCAGUCGGCUAAUGUUACCAGAUGAUGCUCCAAAUCACACUAACUCCUCCAAGGAGGUCCCUUCCUCAGCUGUUUUGAGAAGCCUUCAGGUGAAUGUGGGCCCAGACGGAGAGGAGACGAGGGCCCAGGCUGUCCAGAAGUCAACAGAGUUUUUGUCUACUCCUGAGUCUUCUAGCUUGUUGCAAGAUCUACAGCCAAGUGAUAGCACUUCUUUUAUUCUUCUUAACUUAACAAGAGCAGGUAUUCUUUAUCUUUUUCUGAACUCUCUUUACUCUCUAAAUGUAAGUGUUCAAGCAGGAUUUUUCUCUGUGUUAUAAAUAUGUGACUUUGUUACAGGAGAAAAUGUCCACCUUGGUUCUGGUGAUGGGCAACCCAAAGAUUCUGGGCCCCUUCCUCAAGGGGAGAAAAAGCUCAAGUGUACAGUUGAAGGCUGUGACCGGACAUUUGUGUGGCCAGCUCACUUUAAGUACCACCUCAAAACUCAUCGAAAUGACCGCUCCUUCAUCUGCCCUGCAGAAGGUUGUGGGAAAAGCUUCUAUGUGCUACAGAGACUGAAGGUGCAUAUGAGGACCCACAAUGGGGAGAAGCCCUUUAUGUGCCCUGAGUCUAACUGUGGUAAGCAGUUCACUACAGCUGGAAACCUGAAGAACCACUUACGAGUUCACACAGGAGAGAAGCCUUUCCUUUGUGAAGCCCAAGGAUGUGGCCGUUCCUUUGCUGAGUAUUCUAGCCUUCGAAAACAUCUGGUGGUUCACUCAGGUAUUAUAAUAGAGCCAGAACCUAUGCCAUUUGUAAAAUUUAGGGAAAGUAGAGAGACAGAAGGAUGCACAGCCUUGACUGCUGUAUGUCUCUCACAUCCUCUUCUCUGUGCAGCUGAGCCACUAAUGGGCAGUAGUUUGCUUGAAGAGGCUUCAGUACCCAGUAAAAACCUGGUGUCUAUGAAUUCCCAGCCCAGCCUUGGUGGAGAGUCCUUGAACCUACCAAAUACCAAUUCUCUCCUGGGAGUUGAUGAUGAGGUACUUGCUGAAGGUUCCCCACGUCCCUUGUCUUCAGUGCCUGAUGUGACACAUCACUUGGUGACCAUGCAGUCAGGGAGGCAGUCAUUUGAAGUUUCUGUCUUAACUGCAGUAAAUCCACAGGAGUUACUAAACCAAGGAGAUUUAACUGAAAGACGGACAUGAGCAUGGGUGCUGACUCCUGGAAGAGCAGCUCUAUCUGAUUUGAGAGUGCAUAUAGUGGGAACAGGAUGCUAUCGCUCAUGUUCUGCCAGAACCAAAAUGAAUCUCUAAAGGACACAACUCCACUUUUGCCUCUGUUCAUCUUCCCUGGCAUAGAAGAUGGAUGUAGAAGAGCUUCUCUUCUAACUACCACCUGAUCCAGAAAAGGAAGGAAGCAGUGACUGUGGGCUGGGUAAUUGUACCUACCUCUCUUCCCACUGCAAAAUUUUGGGAUAAACUCCCAAAAGUGAAUUGAUUAGUGUAUUGGCUGAAGUUUCUCAUUAUGACUGCUGAUAGGAGGUUUUCCUUUGAAGAGUUUUCAUCCCAGACUCAGCUGUCUUUUCACACGGAUGAACUAAGUCCUGCACCAACCACAAAACUUCACCGGGAAGUUGAGCUUUCAAGAUGCCUUGUUGCUUUGAAGAAGGGAGUGAUGUCAGUUCUGAUGUGACAUUCUCCCUUUAGCAACCUGAGUAAGAGACUUUCUGCCACUGGGCUGCAAAAAAUAAAUUACUUGAAUCUCUCCUUGACCCAGGCUGAGGUACUACCUUGUCCUGUACACCUCUACUUGGUUACUUUCCUUCCUUCAUUAAUAGAACAUACAGUAGCAUGUUAAGAGGGGAUUUUUUUGUGUUUGUUUUUUUUUAAAGUUAAAAAUCACAUGAUUCAGAGCUUCAGUGUUCCCUUUAAAUAAAAAAAAACAGCCCAGUCA